GGCUGCUGGUGCUGAAGGACCUGGGCAUCCAGGUGGACAGGUACAUUGCCUCCGAGGUGUGCGAGGACUCCAUCACCGUGGGCAUGGUGAGGCACCAGGGCAAGAUCAUGUACGUCGGGGACGUCCGCAACGUCACCCAGAAACACAUACAGGAGUGGGGCCCCUUCGACCUGGUGAUCGGGGGGAGCCCCUGCAACGACCUCUCCAUCGUCAACCCGGCCAGGAAGGGGCUCUAUGAGGGCACUGGGCGCCUCUUCUUCGAGUUCUACCGCCUGCUCCACGAAGCCCGGCCCAAGGAGGGCGACGACCGGCCCUUCUUCUGGCUCUUCGAGAACGUGGUGGCCAUGGGGGUGAGCGACAAGAGGGACAUCUCGCGCUUCCUGGAGUCCAACCCCGUCAUGAUUGAUGCCAAAGAAGUGUCUGCAGCGCACCGGGCACGGUACUUCUGGGGGAACCUGCCCGGGAUGAACAGGUUGCUGGAAGCCGAGGCCACGCACCGUGUCAUCACCAUCGCCAACAGGGUGAGUGGUCCUGAGCGUGGGGUGGGCUGA